AAAUUCCGAACUUAAUAAAUAAUCCUUUCAUUCCAUUAUUAGUGACACAUUAUUUUUUGACACAAGAAUUAAAAAUAAGUUGUAAAUUGGUUAUAGGUAAUAAGAUCCAUAUUUCUUUAACGAUAAAUUUAAAAUGGAAAGUGAACUAUUAAUAAUAGGAAGAGCCAAUGAGGCUUAGCUCAAGUGGCAAAGCUGAUGCGCCAAAAAACUCUCUUUUAUGAGAGGUUUUGGAUUCGAUCUCACCUGCGUACGGGUCGUUUUUCCACUAUUGUGCGGGUAAUGGUCUCGCUUGGGUGCAAAUAAUGUGAGUAUAAAUGAGAAAUAUAAUGCGACUCUAUAUCCUAUAAAAUAUUCAAAUAAAAUUUGAAUCUAUAUUUAUGAAUUAUUAUUGCACAUUAGGAUUAUUAAACUUCUAGUUCUUUCUUAACGUUUCAUUAUUUAAUUGAUAACAUGCUUCCUUCUAAGUUAUGAGUGCGAGGGAGUAUAAAUGUAAAUCUCAAAAUUAAUUGAUUAAGCUAUGACAUUCUAUGUUGCCUAUACACUCUUGUAAUUUAAUCAGAGAAAAAUCAGAAAAACAUAAGUGGAGUGUAUUAUGUUGGUAUGCCCAAAAAGUUUGGAUCAGCUUCAGCCCGACCCAAGCCAAUAAAAUGGUAGUUCGACAGACCCGACCCGAAAUGACGGUGUGAUGACGGUGUAUCAUGUAUGUCGACAGUGGGUAGCGUAAGAAAGAAGAAAGAUAGGAAAAUAAGAGAGUAAAACAACAGAAGUGCUGGAAGCACCCAACUUCCACAUGCCUUUUUGCGUAAACAUGGCGUCGCGGGCCCCACUCUCCCUUCUCCCGUUUUCGUCAACACCUCAAUCCAAUUUUUCCACUUCGCAAAAAAUCUCCCCCAAAUAAAUUCACCUCUUCUCGCGGCGCAGUUAAACACGAAUCAAAAAAAGAAAAUGAUGGACCUAAAAUUCGCCGGAAAGCCCGCGGCCCCAUACUUCCCGGGCCGGGCCGACCUGGACCAGAUGCCCGAUACCCCGACCCGCCGCGCCCAGCACCGCCGGGCCCAGUCGGAGACCCACUUUCGGUUCCCCGAGCUCGACGAUUUCCUCCUCGACGACGUCAUGGUGGAGCUCAAUCUCGAACUGCCCCCGACGCCGCCGUCGCUCCUCCCGGCGGCGUCUGACGGCGCGAGGCCCGGGGCACAUUUGAGGAGUUUGUCGAUGGAUGCCGACUUUUUCGACGGGCUCAAUUUGGACGGUCAAACGGCGGCGGUGGGGACGGCGCCGCCGCGGCCAAAGCAUCGGCAUAGCAACUCCAUGGAUGGGUAUUCGAGCGCGACGUCGUCGGAGAUGGAGUCGAGCGUGAAGAAGGCUAUGGCUGCUGAUAGGCUCUCCGAGCUCGCCUUGCUUGACCCCAAGAGAGCUAAAAGGAUUCUUGCAAAUAGACAAUCUGCUGCACGAUCAAAAGAGCGUAAAACCCGUUACACGAGUGAGCUCGAGAGGAAGGUGCAGACUCUACAAACUGAAGCAACCACACUAUCAGCUCAGAUCACAGUGUUGCAGAGAGAUGCUAGUGGAUUGACAGCUGAAAACAAGGAACUCAAGCUAAAGCUGCAGGCUUUGCAGCAGCAAGCAGAGUUGAGAGAAGGUAAAUUCUAUUCUAUGCAAGUCUUAUGUUUUGAUGCUAUUAUGUUGCAGCAAAUGAUUUUUUCCAUGUCCUUGUAUGUAAUGACGAGGUUUUUUCAUGUUGUGUGGUGCAUUGGUUCAGCUCUUAAUGAGGCACUGAGGAAUGAGCUGCAGCAUCUCAAGAUUGCAGCCGGGCAAGCUUCGUCUCCACCGCCAUCUCUUCACUACUUUGCUAACCACCAAUCGCAGCAGCAGCGGCUUAGCAGCAGCCCCAACGAUCCUCGACUGAACGGGUUUCAAGAUUUCAAUAGGAGGGGAUGAGUUAAGUGUGUUGUUGUGUGUAGAUAUGUAUUGACUAAAGGUUUGUGGAAUGUGGAUAAGGUUGCUCUGGGUUUCUAGAGCCAUAGACGCAGCAUACAUUGUAAUUUGUAGUACUGAUGAAUCCAAUAGGUGAAUAUGUCUUUAAUUGCACCGUAACAUCUGUAUUGUAUAGAAACACAGUUUCAAUUCACAAAUCCAAUUUUGCAA